AGAUCUUGCAUAUUAGACUUCUAGGGGAACCUUAAGAUGAGGCUUUAUAUUGUCCUCGCGUUUCUUACGUUGAAAAGUUAUUUUUCGGUAGGGACAUCUAUCGCUAAACUUGACAUCAAUGGGUAUGUUGAUGUCGUCGUCGCUAUAGGGCAGAAUGUUCCAGAGGACCCAGCGAUCAUAUCUGAGUUAAAGCAAAUGUUCAUCGAAGCGUCGCCAUUUCUAUAUAAUGCAACCAGAAAACGUGCAUAUCUGAAAAGAGUCAGUAUUCUUGUGCCACCAACGUGGAGUGAUAAGCCUCAAUACGAGGAUGCUAAACUCGAGACGUUUGAGAAUGCAGAUUUCCGAGUGGACACUGGUAACCCGAACAAUGGCCCUUAUACAAAGCAGUUGGAGCAAUGUGGGAGACCCGCAAGCUAUUGUCAUUUGAGCCCAGAGUACGUCUUGGAUACUUUUGGCAAUAGAUUUCUGAGGUUUGGAACACCAGGACGAGUGCUCGCGCAUGAAUUUGCGCACUUACGAUAUGGUAUAUUCGACGAAUAUGGUAAAGCGAACAGUGCUGAAAUUCCCCUGUUCUACACGGGACCAAAUGGUAAACCUGCGUCCACUGGUUGCACGGAUAAAAUUAAAGGUGACUUUAGACUGAGACAUAAUCCAAAUAAACGAUGCAAACGGAUAAACGGCACCACAGAGGCUGAUUGUAGAUUCUAUCCUCACAAGCAACAAACUGCAAAGGCGUCCUUGAUGCACAUGCAGUUCCUAGAAUCGGUGACAGAGUUCUGCGAAGAUAAUCCUGCAGAUCCCGAUGUCACACACAACAAGUUGGCGCCAAAUUUACAGAACAAAAAGUGUAACAAAAAGGCCACAUGGAACGUUAUUCUAGAACAUGAUGAUUUCGCUAAUAAUGCUAAUCUACCAAGAGAUAUUAGUAAUAGCCUGACAUACGUGUUCGCUAUUCCCGAAAUAACGCAGCAAGUGGGUCAUGUGGAAGGAUGGUGUUGGUUCUGGACAAGUCUGGGAGCAUGGGUAGUAACAACAGACUCUUCGUUCUGGCUCAAGCCGCUUACAAGUUCAUCAUCAGCACCGUGCCAGAUGGUGUAGAACUUGGUAUCAUCAUGUUUGACAGCAGAGCAACUAUUGUUCACCAAAUGCGCCAGAUCACGAGUGUCAAGGAUCGGGAGAGUUUAGUGGCAUCUUUACACUCAAACAGUGGAGGCGGUACUGCGAUAGGCACUGGUGUCGAAAAAGCUCUCGAGCUGCUACAGUCAAAUGGUGGUACAGUUGGGUCAAAGCUUCUGGUCCUAUCAGAUGGGCAAGAUGGUAAUAACCUUGACAAUGUCAUUGAUGUUGGCACUCUAGACAACAUUGGUAUUGUGGCUGACGUCAUUGCGUUUAGUACUAGUGCAGCAACAAAUCUGGAACGCCUUGCUGAUAGAACUGGCGGGACAGCAUUCUUUUAUUCCGAGGAUGAGAGUUCAACAGCCUUAGACGAUGCUUUCAGUCGUUCUGUCGGAGGCAACACAAACUGUGUAGGGACGCAACCAGUUGAGAUCAAAAGUGAAAAGGUUUCAGCGGCCUCUUCGGUGCCAACUCAAGGUCACGUGUUUCUCGAUAGUUCCUUAGGGAAAAGUACAACAUUCAUGUUCACACCGCCACCUAGCGUUCGAACAAGAGGGUUAUUAGUGGUUACUGUAACAAGUCCCGAUGGAAGAACGACAUUCACAUCUGCAAGUCCAGGAUAUUUGGAACAUUCCAUAUUCUUCGUUAUAAGUAUCGUCAUCCCUAGUGUUGCCGCAGCGGGGCAAUGGAAAUACAGUAUUCAAAAUUCAGGCGCCGGAAAGGUUGGCGUGAAUAUUCGCUCUAGCCCAGUGUCAAAUAGUGGUGGUAUUACAUUACGAGCGUGGGUGAACAAAUUAAACAUAAAUGUACCCGCAGACACAUCUAUUGUGUAUGCAGAGGUCUCCAAGGGAUACUCACCCGUCAUCGAGCUGCAAGUGAAGGCCACCAUAGAACUACCUGGAAAGAAGUUCAUCACAAUUGACCUGUAUGAUAAUGGUAUAGGCAGUGAUAAUUUCAAAGAUGACGGGGUGUAUUCCAAUUUCUUCCCCAACGUCAGUGG